AUGCCCGGGCCAGCUCCAGACGCCCGGGCGUGGCCGGACUCGGAGCAUCCACAGACACCGGAGUGGAAGAGGGUGAAGUCGACGGACCGGAGCAUCCGGAUCAAGCAUGGCAGUUGCAAGCUAGAUCUUGUCCACGAAAAGAUGCGGCUGCUAGGGAGGCCAGCCAUGUGGGCUCCCAGCCAUCGUCACCUCUGUCUGAUCUUCCUGCUAGCCUGUGUUUUUGCUUGCGUCGUCUUCCUCCUCAUCCACCAAAACCUCUUGCACAGUGGCUUAGACCUGUUCCUGCUGUGUCCAGACCGUAGCCGGGUGACCUCUCCCGUGGCCAUCCUUUGCCUGUCAGGCACACCAGUGAACACCAACGCCACCUUUUCCUGUCCCAAGCAUCCUGCCUCCAUCUCAGGAACUUGGACUAUCGACCCCAAAGGCCGGUUUGGGAACCAGAUGGGGCAGUACGCCACGCUGCUGGCCCUGGCUCAGCUCAAUGGCCGCCAGGCCUUCAUCCAGCCCUCCAUGCACGCCGUCCUGGCCCCCGUGUUCCGCAUCACACUGCCUGUGCUGGCGCCCGAGGUGGACAGACACACUCCCUGGCAGGAGCUGGAGCUUCAUGACUGGAUGUCGGAGGAGUACGCCCACUUGAAGGAGCCCUGGUUGAAGCUCACGGGCUUCCCUUGCUCCUGGACCUUCUUCCAUCACCUCCGGGAGCAGAUCCGCAGCGAGUUCACCCUACACGAGCAUCUGCGGCAGGAGGCGCAGCGUUCGCUGAGUGGGCUCCGCUUCCCCCGCACCGGGGACCGCCCGAGCACCUUCGUGGGUGCCCACGUGCGCCGCGGGGACUACCUACAAGUGAUGCCCCUCCACUGGAAGGGUGUGGUGGGGGACCACGCUUACCUCCAACAGGCUAUGGACUGGUUCCAGGCCUGACACAAAGCCCCCAUCUUUGUGGUCACUAGCAACGGCAUGGAGUGGUGCCGGGAAAACAUUGACACCUCCCGGGGGAAUGUGAUCUUUGCCGGAGAUGGGCAGGAGGGUGCGCCCCACAAAGACUUUGCGCUGCUCACACAAUGCAACCACACCAUCAUGACCAUUGGCACCUUUGGCUUCUGGGCCGCCUACCUGGCUGGUGGAGACACCGUCUACCUGACCACCUUCACCCUGCCUGAUUCCAGCUUCCUGAAGAUCUUUAAACCUAAGGCUGCCUUCCUGCCCAAGUGGGUGGGCAUUAAUGCGGACUUGUCUCCGCUCCAAAUGAAGGCUGAGUCUUGA